CCAAGUGUCUGUUUAUUACAUGUUCAUUACAGUACUGACACAGAGGAGUCUAGCGGUAGCUCAGUUAUAAUACAACSAUAUUGGCGAGGUGCGGCAUAAAAGAAGCACACGAACGGAGAAAAGGGGAACAUUUACAAGGGGGAAAUCAACACAUAUUGGUGGUAAACAUUAUCACUCCCUCCUAUAUAAAACGCCAGAAGAGGGAAUCAAUUGAGAGGGAGCGAGAGGAAAAAGAGCGCUGAAGGCAACCCACUCAAUAGCCACUUAUUAGGCGAAUAGCCUACAUUCCAGUCGGAUUUGCGUACAUUAAUAAACCAUCAUAAGAAAUGUCUGCCCCAGCUGCUGCCGGUGCCCCCGCAGACGGAGCGGCGCCACCUCCCAACCUCACCAGCAACCGCCGCCUGCAACAGACACAGGCUCAGGUGGAUGAGGUGGUGGAUAUCAUGCGUGUAAACGUGGAUAAGGUUCUGGAGCGUGAUCAGAAGCUGUCAGAGCUGGAUGAUCGGGCCGAUGCCCUGCAGGCUGGAGCCUCACAGUUCGAGACCAGCGCUGCAAAACUCAAGAACAAGUACUGGUGGAAGAAUGCCAAGAUGAUGAUUAUCCUGGGGCUGAUAUGUGCGAUUGUCCUCAUCGUCCUCAUCGGUAAGGUUCACACCCACACUCUUCCUGCCACGGCAGUUUGA